ACGCCGUCCGAACCUUCUACCUUCCGCACCUCCUACUUGCCCGCCGCUCUCCGCCCGCCCCCAGACACCAAAGCCCCCUGCCCGUGCGCUGCUGAGGGGCUGCCAUUGGUCGGCAGGCGGAGGUUCCCUCGCCGUCACUGGAGUAUGCUAAUGAGCGCUGGCGCCAUUGGCUCGCCUGGCCGCGGCGGCUCCAAACAAUAUUUGCAUGGCGGCGGACAGCCCUUUGUUGUCAGCGGCGGCGGGUGCGCGUUCGCGGUCGCUUCGGGUGGGUGGGUGCGCCGCGGGGGCCCCCCCACUGCCGCCAGUCGGCACCUGCCUGCGCCUGGGGCGGGCCGCGGGCGCCCUCGCGGCGCGAGGCGAAACUGUGCCGCCGGCUCCGCUCAAGUCGCCGCUCCCCGCAGCCACCGGCAGCUGCGCUCCCGCCGCGCGCCGCCCGCCUUUGUGUGCGCAGCCCCCGCAUCCGCCGAAGGGACAGCCCGCGCCGCGCCGCGCCGCUCCCCGCCUCGGCUCCUCCUGUCGCGCUAGGCUCUUCCCCACACCCCUUGUGGCGGGUGGCGGGGUGAGUGCCCCUCCGCAGGGGAUCGGCGCUGGGUGUUCCCCUUCUCCGGGCAGAAUGGCGGACCUGGACAGCGAGGUGCCCCCGCUCCCCCCCCGGUACCGGUUUCGGGACUUGCUGCUGGGCGACCAGGGCUGGCAGAGCGACGACAGGGUGCAAGUUGAAUUCUAUAUGAAUGAAAAUACAUUUAAAGAGAGGCUAAAGCUCUUCUUCAUCAAAAACCAAAGAUCAAGCCUGAGGAUAAGAUUAUUCAAUUUUUCUCUCAAGCUACUAAGCUGUUUCCUAUACAUAGUUCGUGUACUCCUGGAUGAUCCUACACAAGGACUUGGAUGCAGGGAGUUAAACCGGAGUUGUUCCAAUCAAAACUACACACCUGGAACAAUUGAUUGGACUCCUAUUAUUUGGGUGAAUCGAAGCUUGCCUUUGUGGGGCUUGCAGGUUUCUGUGGCUUUAAUAAGUCUCUUUGAAACUCUGCUGCUCAGUUAUUUAAGCUACAAGGGAAAUAUCUGGGAACAAAUCCUGAGAAUACCCUUUCUCCUGGAAAUAAUUAAUGCUGUUCCUUUCAUCAUUACGAUUUUCUGGCCAGUCCUGAGAAACUUGUUUAUUCCUGUGUUUUUAAAUUGUUGGCUGGCAAAGCAUGCUUUAGAGAAUAUGAUUAAUGAUCUUCACAGAGCCAUCCAACGCACGCAGUCUGCGAUGUUUAACCAAGUCCUCAUUUUGAUAUCUACCUUACUAUGUCUUAUCUUCACUUGUAUUUGUGGAAUUCAGCAUCUGGAGCGAGCAGGAAACAGGCUGACUCUCUUUGACUCCCUUUAUUUCUGCAUAGUGACAUUUUCCACUGUGGGCUUUGGGGAUGUUACACCCAAGAUAUGGCCUUCAAAGCUGCUUGUUGUCAUUAUGAUCUGUGUUGCUCUUGUGGUGUUGCCCAUACAGUUUGAACAGCUGGCAUACUUGUGGAUGGAGAGACAAAAGUCUGGUGGUAACUACAGUAGGCACAGAGCUCAGACAGAAAAACAUGUUGUGCUGUGUGUCAGCUCUCUGAAGAUUGAUUUACUUAUGGAUUUCUUAAAUGAAUUCUAUGCUCACCCCAGACUACAGGAUUAUUAUGUCGUUAUUUUGUGCCCUACUGAGAUGGAUGCUCAGGUCCGACGGGUGUUACAAAUCCCUAUGUGGUCCCAAAGAGUUAUCUAUCUGCAAGGCUCAGCACUAAAAGAUCAAGACCUGUUGAGAGCUAAAAUGGAUGAUGCUGAAGCUUGUUUCAUUCUGAGUAGCCGCUGUGAGGUGGACCGGACAGCAGCUGAUCAUCAAACCAUUUUAAGAGCAUGGGCAGUAAAAGACUUUGCUCCAAAUUGCCCUUUGUAUGUCCAGAUACUAAAACCUGAGAACAAAUUCCACAUUAAGUUUGCAGAUCAUGUUGUGUGUGAAGAGGAAUUCAAAUAUGCUAUGUUAGCUCUGAACUGUAUAUGCCCAGCUACCUCUACACUAAUCACACUGCUGGUCCACACCUCUAGGGGACAAACAGCCCCAUGGGAAGCUUUUAGACAACUAACUGGAACGAAGCAGACUUUAAACAGGGACAGUCAGCAGUCAUCAGAACAAUGGCAGAAAAUGUAUGGCAGAUGCUCUGGUAAUGAGGUGUAUCACAUUAACUUGGAAGAAAGUACUUUUUUUGCUGAGUAUGAAGGGAAAAGCUUCACAUAUGCUUCUUUCCAUGCACAUAAGAAGUUUGGAGUCUGUCUGAUUGGUGUUAGAAAGGAAGAUAACAAAAGCAUUUUGCUGAAUCCAGGUCCUCGAUAUAUCAUGAGUUCUACAGAUAUAUGCUUUUAUAUAAAUAUCACCAAAGAAGAGAAUUCUGCUUUUAAGAAGCAACAAAAGCAUAGAAAAAAGCAUGAGUCAAAACUGUCAUAUCAUGGAGCUUCUAGGCUACCUGUACACAGUAUAAUAGCCAGCAUGGGGACAGUGGCUAUCGAUUUACAAGACACAGGAUGCCGAACGUCGAGUGGACCUACGCUAGCCCUUCCUUCUGAAGGAGGGAAAGAGGGCAGACGGCCCAGCAUAGCACCUGUCCUGGAGGUUGCAGACUCCUCCUCACUUCAGACAUGUGAUCUGCUAAGUGACCAGUCAGAAGAUGAAACUACCCCAUCAGAUGAUGAAGUCUCUGGGGGCUUAGAGUAUGCCAAAGGCUAUCCUCCUUAUUCCCCAUAUAUUGGAAGCUCUCCCACAUUUUGUCAUCUUCUGCAUGAAAAAGUACCCUUCUGUUGUCUAAGACUAGAUAAGGGAUGCCAACAUAACUACUAUGAAGAUGCAAAAGCCUAUGGAUUCAAAAAUAAAUUGAUUAUAGUUGCAGCAGAAACUGCUGGGAAUGGCCUUUAUAACUUCAUUGUUCCACUCAGAGCUUAUUACCGACCAAAGAAAGAGUUAAAUCCCAUUGUGUUACUCCUAGAUAACCCGCCAGAUAUGCAUUUUCUGGAUGCAAUCUGUUGGUUUCCAAUGGUUUACUACAUGGUGGGCUCUAUCGACAACCUAGAUGACUUAUUAAGAUGUGGGGUCACCUUUGCAGCUAAUAUGGUGGUGGUGGACAAAGAAAGUACAAUGAGUGCCGAGGAAGACUACAUGGCAGAUGCUAAGACUAUUGUAAAUGUUCAAACACUCUUUAGGUUGUUCUCGAGCCUUAGCAUUAUCACAGAACUAACCCAUCCAGCCAAUAUGAGGUUCAUGCAGUUCAGAGCCAAAGACUGCUAUUCCCUUGCUCUCUCCAAAUUAGAAAAGAAAGAGCGAGAGAAAGGAUCUAAUCUGGCAUUUAUGUUUCGACUGCCCUUCGCUGCUGGCAGGGUUUUCAGCAUCAGUAUGUUGGACACACUGCUUUAUCAGUCAUUUGUGAAAGAUUAUAUGAUUUCCAUCACAAGACUUCUGCUGGGACUUGAUACCACACCAGGAUCUGGGUUUCUUUGUUCUAUGAAAAUCACAGAAGAGGAUCUAUGGAUUAGGACAUAUGCCAGGCUAUAUCAGAAACUUUGUUCUUCUACAGGAGACAUCCCAAUUGGAGUCUACAGGACAGAAUCCCAAAAGCUUACAACAUCAGAGUCUCAAAUCUCUAUCAGUGUGGAAGAAUGGGAAGACACUAAAGACACCAAAGAACAGAUGAGCUACCGCAGCAAUCAUCGCAACUCAACCUCCAGUGAUCAGUCUGAUCACCCCUUGUUGCGGCGGAAAAGCAUGCAGUGGGCUCGGCGGCUGAGCAGGAGGGUACCAAGGCACUCUGGCAAAACAGCUGAGAAGAUAAGCCAGCAGCGAAUGAACCUGUACAGGAGGUCAGAAAGACAGGAGCUUGCUGAGCUCGUGAAAAACAGAAUGAAGCACCUGGGCCUUUCUCCAGUAGGAUAUGAUGAAAUGAAUGAUCAUCAGAAUACCCUUUCCUACAUCUUGAUCAAUCCUUCUCCAGACACGAGAUUAGAGCUGAACGAUAUAGUAUACUUGAUCCGACCUGAUCCUUUGGCUUAUGUUCCAAAUACUGCACCCAGCCAAAAAGACAGCUUCUGCAAUACAGUGGGGCAAGACACCAGAGAGGAAACACAGCUUUGAUAUGCAACUCGUCACAAAAUUAAGAGAGUUUUAUACAUGUUGGUUGUUUCCAUUGACCAUUUUGACAACUGAGUGGUAAAUUUGAUUCAGAUUUUAGAAAAAAAUGACAGUGGGUAAGUGACUGAAUUUAGAAAAGUGGUGUCUAGGAACUCUGGUUUAAGGGAUUUGCAGGCUCCUGACCUGUUCAAUGUGGUGGUUGAACUUUGUCAGCUUAACAGAAUUGUGACACCUAUUAGUAUUUAACAAAUAUGAACAAAUGAUUUAAAAAGUGACAGAUUCCAUCAUGUGCUCUGCUUAGGUGUUUCUAAGCAAAUUUAUCAAGGUGACAGCAUGUCAGUGACUAAGCUUCAGCCCUACAUCAGCAAAGAUUAACUGAUGCCCACAGAGACACCAUCCUUUGGAGUAGGGAAGACAGGAGUACCUAAAGCCUCCAACAUGGCUUUGUGUGUCAAGAAUGCAGUUGCUGAAACAUUUUUCACUCUCAGCAUGUCACCUGUUUAGAUCAGAACAGGCUGGCUCAAGUCCCAUUUCACCUCUGGGACUGGAGUAUCAGUUCACUGGAUUUACACAGAUCAAGUUGAAUGGCACAGCCUAGUCAUGCUGCAGAGGUUGAGAUCUCAGGCAUAUGCACUAAAAGACGGGCUCAGGAGGCUACAUGGAGGAAAGUCCCCCUCAUGUCACACAAGCAACCCCCCACAUCUGCAAAAAGUGAGAAGAUACUACCUGUAUGAAGCUGCAAACAGUGGUGGCUCAGGUGAAGUAUAACCCUCUAACUUGAGUUUGUUAAUAGAAAGUUGAGUAGACAGAAAAGUGAGAGCAGCUCUCAAGGGAAUGAGUCACACCACACAUCCUUCCCAUUGCCUUGAAUGUGCCAGAUUGCACUUGCCUGAAGUAUGCAGAUGCCCAGUCAUGCAGGUUACUCAACUGUCAUGUUUUCACAUGAAAUUCUGUAUCACACAGAAGAAUAAAGAAGUGAAUGACCUAUUCCAUGAAGUGAAUGUAAUACUACAUUAUGUGCAAAGGCACGGUGGAUUUGAAGACCCAGUUUUGGCAUUAAGGCAUCUACUAGUGAAUGAAAUGUCUGAAGCUGCUCAGAAUCUCCAGUUUGCAUGGACAAGAAUGCCACAGUUGGUCAGGCUUUCUACAGAAUUAAUCAUGCCUGUACCUCAUCUUCCAAAAUCACAUUCUAGCUUUGCUAUCUGUCACAGAAGGGAGAGCCUGCCUAAGGUAAAAGCCCUGCUGUUAUGAUUACCCAUGUAGAACUGGUAUGAGAAAUUUGGCAGGUAGUCUACAAUGGAAAAAUAUUCUUUGAGUUUCCUUGAUCUCCUCUAUAUACAAAAAUUUAGUCAAAAUUGUUGGUAUUCUCUAUUAUCUGGUCACAUUCAUGUUAGGAGUGACAGCAAGUCUGCUAAUAUCCCUCUCUUCCCCUCCUCUUCAUUCUCCUACAGGUUAAGUAAUCUGUUCUGCAUUAUAGAUUAGAAAUCCUGAAGCCACAAUUACACAUGCACAAAAAGAAAGCUACAGGGGUCUCAGAGCAGACUAAAACUUCAUCAGAAGGCAAAGAGUAGCAUCAGUUUCAAAAGGAAAAAGACUAAGUGUAACAAAGGGUUUCUCAGCAGUGUUUUAUAGUAAUAUUAAAGCACCAUCAUGGAUCAGAAGGGUUGCAGUGAUUCUGCACAGGGUCCAUUUACUGGUCAGUACUUUUUUCUCAUGCACAAAAUUCAUUUAUCAAAUUGCUCACAGGAAAAGACAAAGUGUUCUGGGGAGAAACAAAAGAACAACUGAAAGAGCUGCACAGACUGAAGUCUACAGGCACUUACAGAACCCACGUCUGUAGUACAGGAUCUCAGCCAAGAUCUGCCAUAGAAGUUACCCCAGAAGAAACUUGCAUGUGCGGUGUGAAGAGCUUGUUAUUUUUAAUCCUUCAGUGAGAAGACUGCAUUCCAGUUGAGUAAUUUUUUUUAUAACACAAGUUCCUUACAAAUUUCUAUUCCAGAAUCUUAGGAGGAUCCUUUGCUUCAUACCGAAGGCCUUUCUGACAGUCUCAAGUAGACAGGAUGCCAGAAGCAUGCCUACCCUUCAGCUGGCAAGCUAGCCACUGCUUUCAACACGAGGCAAACACCCUUCACGGGCAUUCCCUGUAGGGUGUCUGUCAUACCCACCAUAGAUUUAAGGACUCUGCCACAAGGAUCUAUACCUAGGGCUUAAUGCCUCCCACUUAACAGCCUAUAAAGCAGUAGAAACAAGCAAUUGGCUGUAUCCAUGCUUCCAGCCAACUCAGCAGAAGUGCUGCUUGGCUAGAGUUGAAUAGUAACAUCUAACAUGACCUGAUAUUUCUCCAGUCUUAAUGAAUUUCUAAUUGCUCAUUAGCCCCAGAAGAUUUGCUAAAGCAAACACAAAGACAGCUGGAAACACUCGCAGGCUCUAACAUGAAUGACAGGCAAUCUUUGAGAACAAAAUCUUUUGUUCUCUUCAAAACCUUAAGGCAGGAUAAGCAAAGUAAUAAAAAUUAACAACAGUUUCUUAUGAAGCAGAAGUUCUAAUAACCUAUGAAUAAUCAUAGAAUGCACUGGGUUGGAAGGGACCUCUAAGAAUUUCUUCCAGCCCCUACCAGCCCCCCCGCAGUAAGCAGGGACACCCUCAAGUAGAUCAGGUUAAUAUACCAUGAAGAUGAGUUCCUCAAAGUAUACUGCCUUUCAUGUUGAAAGCAGAAGUGCUUUGCUUCCUCUGGAAUAGCUUCACGGGCAGCCCCCAUUCUAGUGGGAUUUAGACCUUUCAAGAACCACCCUAAGCGCCUCUGCAUUAACUCUGAACGAGACAGUGUCACCUGGGAGGUAGCUCUUUAACAGUCAUCCUACAGGCAAUCUUACGUUCACAUAUGGUCUUCUCAUCAUGAUUAUCAGAAACAAAUCUGGCUGUAGACCAAAUUGAGGAACAGUAAUCUCUAUGGAGAUUGCUGGGCAAGGGAUGAUGAAGUUCAAGAUCAACAGGUCCAAAUGACUGUUGAACAGAGGAGCUGAAGAGGAUGAUUUCAAUCUGUAUUUCACUCUAUUUUUUCCCUCUCGUUUCUACCAACAAUUCAAAGAUGUCCAUCUUGCCCAACACUACCUUAACAAGCACCAAAGCAAUCUGCUACCCAAAGUCACUGAAGAAAGUUCUAGCAGAUAAAAAUUGCUUUGUUCUCACGAGGAAAAGCUCCAGCAGAGCGAGAUCUGCCUAUGAAGGCAUGUCUUCUAGUCUGCAAUAGCAAGUCACAACCAGCGUUUCACUGGAAUGCAGCAGGUUUCCUUAAUGAUUUCACUCUGGUUCCAGAACAUGCAUUAAUUCACAUGCAGAAGUAAAAAAGACACAGUUUGGGGUUUAAAAAAACCUGCAGUAGAAUGAAUUAGUGAAGAUUUGGGGACUUUUUUCCAUUUGGAAAUGCAAAGAACAAUUAUUUCCCAGCAUACAUAUUUCCCCUCCCACAAACUUCUUACAGCAAUUAGUAUUUAACAACUUUAAAUGAUACAGAAAUGUACUGCUGACUAUUUCUUCUACUUCUUUAUUUACCAGUGCACCAGUAAAACUCUAAAGAACAAAGAGGUCUCAGGCUUCAGUAGGGGAAGAAAACUGAAAUGGCAUGAAGUGAACCCAAAGUAACGCACAGCUCUGUAGUUUCUAGGCAGCUAGGGCUGACAGUGAUCAUUCUGCAAUUUUGGAGCACUGAUGCAUGAGGUUUUUGCUGCAUUGAAUUCCACUUGAGAUCUGAGGGGAAUCAGUUACUACAAUCUGGAAAUGAAUGAUUAUUAAAAAGCAGCACUAUGUAGUGACAUCAAGUUGUACAAGGUUAUAAAUACUUUUUGAAGGCAAUGCUAUAAAGGCAGACUUUAUAAAAUAAAGCAAUCUGUAUAAAACA